UGUACAAAAAAAAAAUAGUCUCAGCUGUGAAGUGAGGGGUAAUUAUUUUCAUAAAUUUAAAUGAUGUAAUUAACAUCAACAUAUCUAGUUUCAAACUCCUCUUAAUUUAUUAGCUGUUCAGUAUAUUUAGGUAAAAAUUAACAUAAUAGUACCAUAUAUCUAAUCAGUAAAAUUAAAAAAGCAAUGGUAAUUAGUUUGAGGUGUGUGCUUAUCUGAGAUACAGUGAGUUAAUGUUUAAAUUUUUCAUGGAAUAGCAUGCAGGUAAUGUCCCUAUUAUCAUUGAAAUAGGCUUCUGAUAUCAGAAUUGUCUCUGGGAUGAUUUUGUCUCAAAUGUCACCCACAGCCCACAUAGUCCUGCUUCUCAAAGUCUAGCAUGGAUCUUCGGGAUGUAGUAGAAUACAAAAUACAGUAAAAACAGUAAUAUUGUGAAAUAUUAUUACAGUUCAAAUUAACUGUUUUAUAAUGUAGUAUAUUUUAAAAUGUAAUUUAUUCCUGUGAUCAAAGCUGAAUCAAAAGCCCAAACCUUUGAACUGUAAUGUACUUAUUAGCCAUAAUAAGUUAGCCAUUAAUGAAUAGAAAGUUCAAAAGAACAUCAUUUAUUUAGAAGAUAAAUAUUUUGUAAAUGUCUUUUGAUCAAUUUAAUGCACCCUCGCUGAAAAAAUAUAUUCAUUUCUUUCAAAAAACAGAAAAUCUUACUGACCCCAAACCUUUGAAAGGUAGUGUAUGUAAUUUAGUUUAUCAUGUACAAGUCAGUUCGAGUCACCUUUAUUUAUAUAUUGCUUUAUACAAUACAGAUUGUUUCAAAGCAUCUUUACAGUGAUAACAGGAAAAUGAUUAAAUGAUGCAAACAGUUCAUUUCGGCUGUACAGCAGCUGUAAAAGAAAAUAGUGUCAUUGUCCAGCUGAAGUCAGUUCAGUGUUGAUUCGGUUCAUUUCAUCUAUAAAGCAGCUCUACAGAAAACAGUGAUGUCUUUGUCCGGCUCAGUUUAGUUCUCAUCCAAUAGUGUCAGUGUGGUCAAAUCAAUAAUAUUGUUGAAUAUUAAGUGUCCCCAACUAAGCAAGCCAGAGGUUUGGAGACGAAGCGUGCCGUAGGGGUCUGUGCAGAGGACUUGUCUGGUUCUUGUGGUCUUUGCUGAGGAUCUGUGCCGAUGGCUGUCGUGUCAAUGAGGUCUUCACAGGGGAUUGUUCUAGUUGACAGGAUCUCUGCUGACGUUCAGGGCUGUGUUGUGGUCGUGUCUAGGUGCAGGUCCACCAUCUGAUCUGAAUAUGGACCGGAUACGGCUGACUACGGUUAGGAAGACUGUUCCAGAGUUUGGGUGCUAAAUUGGAUAAAGAUCUCCUGCCUGCAGUAAUGCAUUAGGAGCUCGCUCAAGUACUGAGGAGCUAAACCAUUUAGUGCUUUUAUUAUCUGGAUGUCUUGGAGUCUGAGGGCUCAAGUUUGCCCUUAGAGGAUAUCACCGAAAUCUGCCAACACAACCUGCCAGAGCCACAGAGGGAAAACUCAACAGAUGAAUUAUGUGACAUCGGUGAACUCACACAGACAAUAUCAGACUCUUUUGAAGUUGCUCAGCCUUUAUCAUGCAUGCCCUCUGACCCAUUAGAAGUCUUGGAAACAUGCAUACAGACAUUCUCAGAUCCAGGCAAUCCUACACCUUCACCUUCAAACACAAUUUACAGCUGUAGUAGCCCAGAGAAUCAAGGGAUUUUUACUAAUUGCCAAACAAACUCAAGCGAUUCGUCCUUGAGUGAGUUUUGCCCUGAUAUAAAUACAUAUACCAUCGAUACUAGCACACUCAGUGAACCAGAACAAUUAAAUAGUGUGCCUGGAAGGAAAGCUUCACAAAUGCUUUCACAAUUUGAGGAGCAUCGCGUCCUUCUGGGUUUUGAUGACUCUGCUUCUGUUGGCUCUGUGGAUUUAGAGAUGUCCCUCUACGCGGCAGAGACCUUAAGCAACAGCCAAUCAGACAAGGAUGAGCUGGAAAGCAUCCAAUCAGAUUACACCGAUCUGCUGCCUUUAUCUCUCCACUCUGAGACUGUAGAGGCAACACUGUAUGAAACUGCUACGUAUUCACCACACCAAACUCAAAAUGAAUCAAUGCCUGAAUAUUCCUCAGAACCUCAGUCAAAUCUCACAACCACAAGCAGAGCUGCAGGUGUCCGGCGCGCAUGUCGUGAUGAACAGCGAGCGCGAGCGUUGAGUUUGCCGAUUAGUGUGCAUGACAUCAUCAACCUGCCCGUGGAAGCAUUUAACGAAGCCAUCAGCUCCUGCAAACUCAACCACGCUCAACAUACACUCAUCAGAGACAUUCGAAGACGUGGCAAAAAUAAAAUGGCAGCCCAGAGCUGUCGCAAACGAAAGCUGGAUAGUCUUGUUGAUCUCGAAGACGAGAUUGAGGCUCUGAAGAGGGAGAAGGAUAAAAGCAAGGAAGAAAAAGAGAGGAACAUUAGAGACCUUCACGUGACGAAAGAGAAGCUCAAGAAUCUCUACGAUGAGGUGUUCAGACAGCUGAGAGAUGAGCAUGGAAACUCCUACAAUCCUAAAGAGUACAAACUACAGCACAGCACUGAUGGCACGGUUUACCUGCUGCCACGUAGCACAGCCAACAAGAAAAACACACUGACAGAGGAUUUAGCUACUGCUGUAUAACACACCUGAAGUACCUACAACAAAGCUCUUUGGUCUUUGUAACUGGACACAGCAGUGGCUUUGGAUUUUAAUAGUUGUGGGCUUGAGGAAUCAUUGGCCCUGUUUAUGUCUGGGAUUCACAUGAAUCUCUUUUGAACACUUGUGAUCGGAUUUUUUUAAAGGAGGUUGGACGAUCAGUUCAGUUAAAUUAGCAUCAUCCCACUAGCUGCUGUUUUCAGUCAUGCAGUACAGAUACUGUCUACUUGAAUGGGAAAACACUGAAAUCUCCAAAAUGUUGUCAAUGUUACAUUUAAAUAACUAAGCUAAUUUUUUUCAAAUUAGCAAUAAAGUCUGAAAACUAUGGUCCAGAUAAUAUAUAUAUAUAUAUAUAUACUUACGUUCAAAAGUUUGAGGUCUGUAAGAUUUUUAAUGCCUGUCACACUCACCAAGGCUGCAUUUUUUUAUCAAAAAUACAGUAAAAACAGUAAUACUGUGAAAUAUUAUAAUUUAAAAGAACAGUUUUCUAUUUUAAUAUAUUUUAAAAUGUAACUUAUUAGUGAUGGCAUAGCUGAAUUUUCAGCAUCAUUACUCCAGUCUUCAGUUUUACAUUAUCCUUUAGAAAUCAUUCUAAUAUAAUUUGGUGCUCAAGAAACAUUUAUUAUUAUUAUCAAUGUUGAAAACAGUUGUGAUGCUUAAUAUUUUUACGGAAAUCUUAAUACAUUUGUUCAUGAUUAUUUGAUGAAUAGAAAGUUCAAAAGAGCAGCAUUUAAUAAAAUAUUUUUUGUAAUAAUGUAAAAGUCUUUACUGUUACUUUUAAUCAAUGUAAUUCAUCCUUGCCGAAUAAUCUCUUAUUUCAUUAAAAAAAAAAAAAAAAAAAAAAAAAAAA